GCACUGCCUUUGAUAGCAGACGACAUCCACUUACCACUUACCCGCGAUAGGACUCAAAAAACAGAUAUCAUGGCGGAGAUGGAACCCGUAAACCGUAGAAAUUUAGAGGAAAUUGAAGCUGAAAGAUUUAGGGAUGAGGAUCGUCGUACUGCAUCGAGUAUUGAACAAGAAGAAGUUGAGAAGACAGUUUUAAGUCGAUUUGAAUUGUUUGACAAGAGAGCUGAAGUUGAUAUUGAUUGCCCACUCCUAUUACGACAAAAGCAUGCAGCCUUCAUUAAAGGGAGUCUCCUUCACCUCCACGAAUCUUACCAGUGCCUGGAUAGCAGCAGACCAUGGUUGGUGUAUUGGUCGCUUCAUUCUCUAGCUCUCUUAGAAGAACACAUAGAACCGGAAGAAUGUUCUAAAAUUGUGGGAUUUCUUGCCAAGUGUCAGUCUCCUAAUGGAGGCUUUGGAGGUGGUCCUGGUCAACUUCCUCAUCUAGCUUGUACAUAUGCAGCAGUAAAUGCUCUUUGUACCAUUGGGACAAAUGAGGCUUUUGGUGUCAUAAACAGAGAAAAACUUCUCGAAUUCCUAUGGUCACUUAGACAGCCUGACGGGUCAUUUUUUAUGCAUGAAAACGGUGAAGUAGAUGUUAGGGGUGCAUAUUGUGCCCUCUCCGUUUCCAAACUUACCAAUAUAUUUACCCCAGAGUUGUUUGAAGGAAGUGCAGAAUGGAUUGUUGGGUGUCAAUCCUAUGAGGGAGGGUUUUCGGCUUGUCCAGGAAUGGAGGCCCAUGGUGGUUACUCAUUUUGUGGCCUUGCUGCCCUUUUCAUGCUUGGAAAGGAACACUUGUGUGACAUGAAAGCAUUUAUGCGAUGGAUUACAAACCGACAAAUGAGAUUGGAAGGUGGCUUUCAGGGUAGAACUAACAAGCUUGUUGAUGCUUGUUAUUCAUUUUGGCAAGGAGGAGCAUUUUUAUUUCUUCACAAUAUUUUAUUUAAAGAAAAUAAAAGUAUUGUUAAUUCAGAUAGGUGGUUAUUCAAUCAGGAAGCUCUUCAAGAAUACAUUCUUAUGUGCUGUCAACAAUCUUCUGGAGGACUUAUUGAUAAACCUGGAAAACCUAGAGAUCUAUAUCACACAUGUUACGCAUUGAGUGGCCUAUCCAUUGCUCAACACACUUCUUUGGUUAAAAAAUAUGUUGUUGGAUCAAAAAUCAAUCUUCUUGCACCAAUUCAUCCUAUGUUCAACAUAACAUUUGAUUCAGCUGUGAAAACGAUGAAAUAUUUUGAAAAUUUACCUGUACCUCAGAUUGGCAUCCCCUGAUUUAAAGAAAAAAUUGUUGGUGAAUAUGAUUCUUCCAGGGUAUUUGUUUGUGCCAUAACAGCUAUAGGCAAAUCAAUUUUGGCAGCAGCACCCAUCCAAUCUUGUGAUAUUUUACUCUUACCACUCAAUGAUAAAAAGACUGUGCAUCAAAAUUGUACUCAGAGCAAGGUUCGAGUAUGUGCUUAAUUGUAGUGCUACAUUGAAGAUUUGAAGGGUUUGAGAAGCCAGUAAUUUUUCUGAGCACAUUGACGUAUUCUUUUUAUCCAUAAUGCACUCAGUAUAAUCUUCAUCAAUCGUCAUACAGAUGUUAAUUAUAGAGUUGAAGAUGUUUUCCCUCAUUUGGGGUUUUAUGUCCUUAGACAAUACUGUUUGGAGAAUUCAGGAGACUGCCAGUUGGUUGACAUAGAGGCCUGUAUUAUGUGUCUUCUUGUUAUAGUCUUUAUGAAUUUGAUAGACAUAUGAAACAAUUUAAAAAAAUGUAGAAGUUUGUUGAAUGUGUGCAGUGCUUAGACUUGCCAUUGUAUUGUAUUUUGUGAGUAGCUUCUUGUAUUUCAACUUCUAUAUUUUUUAUUUUAUAACUUGUACCACUUUCUUUUUAUGAAAUGUUUAGUUUAAUGCUGUUAAUGACAACAAAAUGUCGCCUACCAAACAUUAAUUUUUACUCUGAGUGUUUGUUUGCUUCUUGUAUUGUGUGUAUUGUUUUCUAAUAUCUCCCUUUUUCCCUUUCUUGUUUUUGUUUUGAAUCAGAGUCUUGUCCCCUGGUAUUUUGUAUUAUUAUCAUUAUUCGAUUUGAAAGGACCGCAUGUUAGUCAUUUCACUCAUUACUGCCUGCGUCGCUGUACUUUAAUUUAUGUACAAGAACUGAACAAUAAGACCAUCCUGCAUCUA